GCGUUCGCUUUCUCCUCAGAAAUUCUAACUUCCCAGUAGGAAAAAUCAAAUGAAAAAGGAUGGCAAAAGGAAUGAAGACACAGUAAAUUUAGUUCACAGUAAAGAUGUUUGCUUCAGUUUAAUUAUCAGCUUAUAAAACUACAAGGGCAAUGUUAAAAUACAAACAGUUAUAUGUUAUUUAUCGUGAUAUUUAUCAAAUAUUGUUAUAUAUUGAGAAAAAUAUAUAUUUAAUUAUAAAAGAGAAUUAAAAUAAUAAACACUCAAAAGUAUCGAAAAUUGGUACCGUUAAGUACCGGUAUCGAUUCGUAGGUACCGGGAAUUAGUACCGGAUCGAUUCAAAUGUCAAAGGUACCCAUCCCUACCGAGGUGGGAAAAAAAAUGUCUUGUAGGAUACAUCACUUCCGGGUCACUGAACUGUCACUCAAGAGAAACCACCGUCCUAUGGGAGAGGACUUCUCAGAAGUCCCGCCCACCGGAAAGGGUUGUGUCAGAAUUGCAACCAAAAACUCAGGGAUUGCAAAGGAGAAAGCCAGAAAGUGUAAGUGCAAAUCUGGUAGUGAGAGCAAAGCUGUGAGCAGCGAGAACGAAACUAAGGAAACUGAUAACAAAAACACAUAGAGGCAAACAGAACAAGGAAACAUACUUUGUUACUCAUUUUAAGAAGUUGAUUCAGAUAGUAAGUUUUACUUUUGAAACAUGAUUUUUUCCUUUAGUCAAUAUUUUUGUUCCGUCAAUUUAUUAAUUUUUGUUUGACCGUCAAAGUGUUUUUCUUGAUCAUUUUAAGAAUCUGAUUCAGAUCGUGAGUUUUUAUUUUGAAACAAAUGUUUUUUCUCUCAAUGUCUUAAAAUUUGUUUGCUCUCCAGUGUUUUUCUUGAUCCUAUUGGCACAAAUCUAAUCCCAUCGAAACCCCCCAGGACGCCCCGGACAGAGUGAAAAGUGGACAUGUCGGGGGGAGAAAAGGACUAGAUCCAGUAAAGAACCAGUUUUUUUCCUGAGUCUGGUCCACGACGAUGGAGAUGAAAGACGAACCGCAGGAUGAAGACACCACAUUUAGCAACACGGACACUAAUGGUAAACGCCCUGCCGAGGACCUGGAUGAGGAGCAGGUCUUCAAACGUUCACGUAACACAGAUGAGAUGGUGGAGCUGCGAAUGCUGCUUCAGAGCAAAAAUGCCGGAGCUGUUAUUGGAAAGGGUGGCAAGAACAUAAAAGCUCUGCGUACGGAUUACAAUGCCAGUGUAUCAGUCCCAGACAGCAGUGGCCCAGAGCGGAUCCUCAGUGUGAGCGCCGGUAUCGACACCAUUGGAGAGAUCCUGCUGAAAAUAAUACCAACGCUGGAGGAGUACCAACAUUAUAGUGGAACUGAUUUUGAGUGUGAGCUUCGCCUGCUGAUCCAUCAGAGCUUGGCUGGUGGCAUCAUCGGGGUGAAAGGCGCCAAGAUAAAGGAACUGAGAGAGAACACACAGACCACCAUCAAGUUGUUUCAGGAAUGCUGUCCACACUCCACCGACAGAGUUGUUCUGGUGGGAGGAAAACCGGAAUGUGUCGUUGAAUGUAUAAAAGUUAUCUUGGAGCUGGUGUCAGAGGCACCAGUUAAAGGUCGCGCUCAGCCUUACGAUCCCAACUUCUACGAUGAGACCUACGACUACGGAGGCUUCACUGUGAUGUUCGAGGACAGGAGCAGACGACCCAUGGGGGGGUUCCCUGUUCGUGUGCGUGGUGGUUUUGAACGCCUACCCCCCGUGCGUAGCAGCAGGCCUUUGCCCCCCUCCAGAAGGGACUAUGAUGACAUGAGCCCCCGUCGGUGUCCUCCACCACCGCUCAGCAGAAGUAGAGGGGGGAGCCGAGCUCGUAACUUGCCUCUUCCCCCUCCUCCACCACCACGGGGAGGGGGAGACAGGUUUUCACAUGGCAACUAUCACAGCAGCAUGAACGACAGACCAAGUGACAGAAGAAGUCGAGGAGGCGACCGUUAUGACAGCAUGAGUGGAAGUGGAUAUGAACACAGCUCUUCCUGGGAGCGCUUUCACUCUGGGGGCAGAGGGUCAUACGGGGACCUCGGAGGCCCGGUCAUCACAACACAGGUUACCAUCCCAAAAGAUCUGGCGGGAUCCAUCAUCGGUAAGGGCGGCCAGAGGAUCAAGCAGAUCCGCCACGAGUCUGGGGCAUCCAUCAAGAUUGAUGAGCCACUAGAGGGCUCUGAGGACCGCAUCAUCACCAUCACAGGAACACAGGACCAGAUCCAGAAUGCCCAGUACUUACUGCAGAACAGUGUGAGGCAGUACUCUGGUCGCUUCUUCUAGAGAGGAGUCACCGAAGACGAACGCCACGCCGCCAUACUGUCGUCUCAUCCAGAGCUACCAUCCUUCCUCUUUACACCGCAGGUUUUACCUAAAGGAGUGAGGACAACCGACGGUUCUGCGCUGGCAUCAUACUCAUUAUUUUCUUUGGUGUAAUCCCGCCGGUGUGAUAACUCGGUGUUAUGAGCCGACCCUUGACCUUAUCAUCUGGUUUGGUCCAGUAAACAGAAUGUCCUUUUUUUUCUCUACAAUUGUUUCAUUAGUAUUUUUAAAAGAUUUUUAAAUUUAAAAACAAACAUGCAUGGGUCUGGUAUGAAUGGUUAAACAAUAGAAAUGAAAUAUUUAUUUCUUCCCCAUCAUCACUCUUCCUUCUGGAGGGCUGAGAUGUUCAAACAUGAAGUUUGGGGGAUUGGACUCGUGAACGUAGAAGUUCAGAAGUCAUUUUACUAAUGAAGCAAAAAUGUGUGUUUUGUAGUUUGAGCUUAAGUGUUACCAUGGAAACAAGACAUUCAUUGCGCAUUAGCUUUAGUAUUGGCUGGCUGAGUCAAAUGUGUGAAUUAGACUAAUGAUGAAAGUACACCCAGCGGUCGUUCCUGGUAGUGGUGGGAGGGACUAGUGGUACCUGUACGGUGGCCUCGCCUCUGUCUGUGCCCCAGGCAGCGCCGGCGCUCCGCGCACAGCGCGUAGGGCGCCACGCCGGGGAAGGGGCACCAAACGCAAGCUUAUAAAAAAGUAAUAUAUAUAUGAUAAAGACAGAUUUCAAUUAGAAGAUGUGCAAAGCAAGUUAACAGCAUGUUUACAGAGAGAAAACAAUACAAAAAGGAAAGAAGAUGGACCGUGUCCACUUUUCACUCUGUCCGCGGCGUCCGGACUGGGGGUUCUUGUAUUGAUGAAAAUGUCCGGCUUUUCAUCCAGGAGCAGGGAUCGAAUUAUGGGGGAGCUGUAUAUCCUACACAUCCAGGGGAGCCGGAAAAACGUUUUCUACCUAUAUUACAUCAUUUAUGGACUCUUGAGCAGAGAGCACAGACAGCUGCACAGCGCUGAUCGUUGGUGCGCAGCGCUCCAGGCAGCUGCAUCCAGCGCACGGUCCAUUCUCAAAGCGGCGCAACCAAAAAACUAUAAUUAACACACGAUCGUUCAUAUCCGCACAUGUUCUCUACUUUCUGUCUUAUUUGUGCCUGAAGCGCUCUGCUACUGCGGAGCUCAUCACCUGUGCUGCGGUGAUUUCACCUCAGCAGCAUCGAAACGCGCACUCCGCUUUGCGGUCAGGAGAUCCCUUUGAUCUGCUCAAAAGUAACUGAUGAGGUGAAAAGGUAAGAAUCCAGGCAGCAGAUUUUCUGGAGAGUUUAGAGGAGAUGCAGGAAGAUGAGAGACAGACAGGACAGGAAAAUAGUUAAAUAAAAACAAGAAAACAAGUGUUGAAAAGUAAAAUGUAGGUAGAUUUAUCUCCACUACAUGUUUCUACCUGUAUAAAACAAUAAGUUAUACACAUGUCAUAUUUAUACAUUUGAUACAAUUCAGAUCACCUUCAAAACUCAGUCACACACCCAGAGCUGUUUCAAGACAUUUUGGGGGCCAAGGCAAAAUGACCCCCCCCCCCACACACACACACACACUCACACACACACUCACUCACACACACACGCACACACUAAAUAUCAAUCCUACUUUUUGGAAAGUAAUAAGCAGUUUGUGCAUACAAGAGAAUUAAAGAUAAUUUAAGGCGAAGCGCUUGCACAUACUGUGUUAUUGUGUUGUUUUUUCUGUGUGUGUGUGUGUGUGUGUGUGGGGGGGGGGGGGGGGGGGGCACCACAAAGCCUUUGUGCUUAGGGCACCAAAAUAGCUAGCAACGGCCCUGGCCCCAGGGCAGCUGUGGCUACAUGGUAGCUCAUCACCAUCAGUGUGAGAUUGUGCUUGAAGCGCUUUGGAGUCCUCAGAUUCCAAAAGGCGCUAUACAUGUGCGGGUCAUUUAUCAUUUGUCUUAAAGUGGAGCGACGCUCCAUCCUUUCCUGGGUUUACUCUAAUCGCAUCUGAAGAGAAAACAAUUCAUCUGCAUAAAAGUAGCAGACUGUUGGGAUAACAGGAAACAGUAGAACGUCUGCUUUUUCCCCCUUUGGGGAGACAAAUGUAUAAGGACUUUGUAAAUAUUUCCUUAGUUCUGUGAGCAUUGUUUGACCCAAGCUCUAAAGUUUUCUUAGAUGAAGAACAGCAGCAGCAUUAGGUCAUCUUCAGCCUUUCUUUCUGUGGUGGCCCUGAUUGGUCCAAUUUAAUGAAAAAAUAUCUUGGAAAAUACCCGAAAACUGACUUGAACUUUUACAAAGGUGACUGUGUAAAUAAAAGAAACAGACGUGUCAAAACAAAAUGAAGCAUUUUGGAAACAAAGUUGUGGUUUUCGAAAGUUUUGUAUGAAGAUAUUUUCUUAACUACUGUUUCCUGAUUAGUGUUCUCAUGUUUGUAAACAUUAGAUUUUGCUGCUCAGGGCCACCUUUCCUUUCAAGCAUCAUUGGGUUUGUUUUCCACCUCUUGCUGUUUUGUAGCCUCAGCAUCUGAGUCCUUUUCGACCGUUUUUAAGGUUUUGAUGCAGUUUUGUGAGGUGCAUGCAGCCUUGUGAGUCCAUGACUUGUGCAUCUGUAAUAAGUGCAGGAGGUGAGUAAAUAAAGUCUGUCACAGCUAUA